AAAACUUUCCUUCCAUUCUAGAACGUUCCACGAUAAAUAUCUCCCCCCCUAUAUAAACAAAGAGCAUCUUCUUUCUGUUCACACUCAAUCUCUGAACUCCAGCGUCUUCAACGGUUUCCAAAACCAGCAAAACAUCUCAACUAAAAGUCUCUUCUCUGUCUCCUUCCUUAAUCGGAAAUUCAUGUCCGCUGCGAGGAUUCUUCAUUCCUCUGCUUUUCUUCAACUGGUCAAUCACAUUUCGCAAUCGCAGCAAUCUAAUCUACGUCUUUGUAGAAGCGAGCGAAAUCGAAUAUAAAUUGAUGUUUCCGGUGAAGGAUGAAUAUCAAGGAGCAUCGAGCUCGUGGCCGGAAUCGAGCGAUCAGGCGGCGCCGCAGCCGAUGGACGGGCUGCACGAAAUGGGGCCGCCGCCGUUCCUGACGAAGACGUUCGACGUGGUAGAGGAUUCGAGCACCGACGACGUCGUUUCCUGGAGCAGAGGAGGUCACAGUUUUGUCGUGUGGGAUCCUCACGCCUUCUCCACCACUGUGCUGCCCCGAUAUUUUAAGCACAAUAAUUUCUCCAGCUUCGUCAGACAGCUCAAUACUUAUGGAUUUAGAAAAAUCGAUACAGACAAGUGGGAGUUCGCGAACGAGGCAUUUCUGAGAGGCCAGAAGCAUCUAUUAAAGAACAUCAGGCGAAGAAAAACGAGCCCCCCUCAGCUCCCCCCGGCCCAGCAGGCCGCCCCCUUCAUCGAGCUAGGCAACUUCGGCCGCGACGCCGAAGUGGACGGCUUGCGGCGGGACAAGCUUGUCCUAGUAACGGAGCUGGUGAAGCUCAGGCAGCAGCAGCAGGUCACUAGAGCUCAUCUCCAGCAAAUGGAGCAGAGGUUGCAGAGCACGGAGACGAAGCAGCAGCAGAUGAUGAGCUUCCUAGCAAGGGCAAUGCAGAACCCCGAGUUCAUCCACCAAUUAGUCCACCACAAGGAGAAGAGGAAGGAGCUCGAGGAGGCCAUCAGCAAGAAGCGCCGGAGGCCCAUCGAGGCCGCCGAGUCGAGCCGGGUUAAGGCCGAGCCCUUGGAGUUGUGGGGGUCCCAAGCUUCAGAACUUGAGGUGCUGGCUAUGGAGAUGCAGGGGUUUGGUAAGGGGAAAGCGGAGGCGGAGGUGGAGGCCGAUGAGGUCGAUAACGAGCUCGACGAUGGGUUCUGGGAGGAACUGCUUAGUGAGGGGUUUGAUCAAGAAGUAGGUUGUGACGAGAGUGAAGGGAAAGAUGUGAAUGGCUUGGCUCAUAGGUUGGGCUUCUUGGCUUCACGUUGGAGAUAGUUUAUCCUCUUUUAUAUUCAUGUCGUCUAUCAAUGUAUAUCUGUUUGUUUUUUUGAGCUAGCUGAAUGUAUAUCUGUUUGUUAUGUUUAAAGUUUCACUUGCAGUUUGUGUUGUAAAUCGAUCUUCAAACCAUCGGUUUCUCCUAAUCCAUCAUGUUAGAAUUUGAUUA